GCGAAAUCUUUGUCUGCUAUGCCGUAAGAUUCACGAGUCUUGAUACUGCUUUUCGCGAGUUCGGAGACUAACCUAGCAUCCAGACUGACACAGAGGCCGGAAAGGACUAUCCAAAGUGCGCACGCACAACCGGGUGGCUCUCAAUCAACCUACUCAGACGGUCACGAAGAUACAUUUGAUUCGCAGGACGAGGAGGACUAUUACGACGACGACGACGAGGUCGACCCCUCGGACUCAGCGUCUGCGAGUAACGGCCCGACUUCUCGUCUAUACUCUCGAGCUCCCUACCGAUCUCACAGUCAACAUCAACGCCAAAAUCAACACGUCGUCCCUCUGUGGCGAGCCGGAGGCUCCCCAGGAGCGACACACGCUCCAUACGCACCACCGCAGGGCGAUCAGGGAUCGGCUGAUUUCGCCAUGGGCGACCACUACCCCCAAAGGCCGUACCACCAGGGGCCACGGGCAAGGCAGCAGAACGCGUACUAUAGCAAUGGAAAUGGCGACCCGCAUAGUCAUGCAGAGUAUGCUUCAGGACAGAGGGGCCACGGAGGGCCAGUCGCCCCAUAUCAGGGCAUGGGUGGCAUGGUACCUUUCGGCCAACAGUAUGGCAAUAACCCCUUUGCUGCGCAUGGUCCCAACGGCGCCAGCUUUUACGACGGUCAAGCCCGGUAUGCGAUGAUGCCAUACGGCGCCCCUGGCUUCUAUGGAGACCCCCGUCAAUAUUCAAUGCCACAGCAUAUGCAGCAGUACCAGAUGGCCCCCGUGCCUGCGGCUACAGAGCACCCGGGUAGAGAGGUAACGCCUGUCCCCAAGGAGGACAUCGAGAAAAAGCGCAUGGCAGACGAGCUUGCAGCCAUCAAGGCCAUGCAAGAAGAGGCCAAGGCAGCUGAAAAAAGGAAGGAAGACGAAGCUCGCAUCAAGAAAGAAGCCGAGGAAGCAUUCAAGCAACGGAUGGAAGAGGCCAGGCUAUACAACGAACGCGCGGCGGCGGAAGUAGCCAAGGCUCGAGCCGAGGCUGAGCGAGCGGCUCGGGAGAGGAUUGAAGCGGAGAGGAAAGCUCAAGAAGAGGCUGCCAAACAGCGCGCGGACGACAUGAAGCGCGCGGAAGAGAAUGCCCGAAUGAAAUUUGAGGCAGAUCAAAAAGCGGCUGAAGAACGUAGGCGGAAAGAGGACGAGGACCGCAAGAGGGCUGAAGAGGCUGCGCGCAUUCGGGUUGAAGCUGCCAUCAAGGCCGAGGCCGAAGCGAGGGCGGCUGCUGAGAAGAAGGUGGCUGAAGAGGCAGAGCGUAUUAAGAAGAUCGAGGAAGAUGCCAAGCGCAAGGCUGAAGCUGAUGCUGCGGCCAAGGUCGAGAAAGAAAAGGCGGAUGCGAUCGCCAAGGCGGAGGCCGAAGCAGCCGCCAAAAAGGAGCAAGAGGAGCUCAAGGAGAAGUGGCAAGAGGAGGCGAGGCAGAAGGCGGAAAAUUCCGCUAAACAAAAGGCAGACAAAGCGCCCAUUCGCUUCAAGGACGCUGUCGGCCGCAAAUUCAGCUUUCCGUUUCAUCUUUGCCAGACUUGGGCGGGCAUGGAAGAGCUCAUCAAGCAAGCUUUCCUGCAGGUUGAUCUACUGGGCCCUCACGUCCAAGAAGGGCAUUAUGAUUUGACCGGUCCCAAUGGUGAAAUCAUUCUUCCUUCAGUUUGGGAGAAGGUAGUGGAGCCGGAUUGGAGUAUUAGCAUGACCAUGUGGCCCUUGGACAAGUCACCACCUGUUGGACCAGGACCACGAAUACCAGGACCCUUGGGAGGGCAUAGCGGCCCCAUGCCCCCGCCCAGGGGGGUUCCCGUACCAGGACCUCCUCGCCGGCCUAGGGGGGAAGUCCCUGUGACUGAUGGUCCUCGACACGCGGACUGGCCACGCCCUCGUUCUGGCCCUCCACGCGGCGUUGAAAUUGUGAACGCUGCCCCGAAGUCCCGAAAACACAAGAAAGACGACCCCAUACUCAAGUUCUUCACAGGAAGUAAGCCAAAAAAGAAGAGUAGCAAGAAAUAAGCAGCGA